GGUUCCCGUGGUCCCGGACCGGGUUUGUGUGAAAACUGAAAUCUAACAGGUUUAGAAGACAGCUGUUCGUCAGACUGACCGGUAGAACCGGAACCCGCCCCAAGCUCACGCUCCACCGACUCUGAUCAAACUAACAACCUUUUACAAUUCAGACUCUUUUUAUGAGGUGCGUUUUAGAGGCACUCCGCCACCGAGAGGAGGAAAGCUGAGAGAACCGGAGAACGGCGGCUGAGAGAGGGAGGGAGGGGAGGACGGAGACAUGGGAGAGGUUUGACAGUUCGGGCUGGAGAUCCAGAUCAAAGGGCGCAGUGUGACCAGCUAUAGAGAAGAACCAGACCCGUUCUGUGAACUCCCGUUGCUCUAGUGUUGACUCCACGUCAGCUCGGUGUGCGGCAGACCCCAACGGAACAGAACGGACCGCACCGGACCGCACCGGACCGGACCCGGGAGCGCAUUCUCAUCUUCCCGUGUCUCUGCUCUUUUCCAGUUGGUGGACAUGUUCCAGUCCUGCUCUUUCUAACAUGGACGCCCCUCUGGCUGAGUCCGAAGGCUGCUUUCUGUUGGCGCAGUGAGUUGCACGUGCUGGGCUCUGAUGGACGUGAGACCGCCGUUCCUCCACCCGGUGCAGACCAUGCCGUGAUCUCGUUGCUGUCCGAGAGCGCAUGUUCAACACGUUAGUGAGCAGCUCUGUGGGAUCUACAGGUCCAGAGAUUAGAGGUUCCGUGCAGCACAACAUGAAGAGGAUCUACCUACUGCUGUUUAACAGGAGCUUGAGGUGGAGCACCAGGCUGCUGCUGAUGCUGCAUCUGCUGGGAUCUUCUCACGGGAUGCCUCACGUCCUGAGAUUCGGAGGGAUAUUCGAAUCCAUUGAAAGUGGUCCAUCCGGUGCUGAAGAACUGGCCUUUAAAUUUGCUUUGAACACAAUCAACAGAAACCGAACCCUACUGCCAAACACCACUCUCACCUACGACAUCCAAAGGGUAAACAUCUACGACAGCUUUGAAGCUUCCAGGAAAGCUUGUGACCAGCUUUCUCUUGGUGUGGCAGCCAUCUUUGGCCCCUCUCACAGUUCCUCUGCCAAUGCUGUUCAGUCCAUUUGCAAUGCCCUGGGUGUCCCUCACAUUCAGACCAAGUGGAAGCACCAAGUAUCAGACAACAGAGACAUCUUCUACGUAAGCCUCUAUCCGGACUUCUCCUCCCUCAGCCGGGCUAUCCUAGACCUCGUCCACUUCUUCAAGUGGAAGACGGUGACGGUAGUUUAUGAUGACAGCACUGGCCUGAUUCGGUUGCAGGAGCUCAUAAAAGCACCAUCUCGAUACAAUAUUCGCUUAAAAAUCCGGCAGCUGCCUGCAGAGACCAAGGAUUCCAAGCCCCUUUUAAAGGAGAUGAAGAGGGGGAAAGAGUUUCAUAUCAUCUUCGACUGUGGACAUGAGAUGGCUGCUGGGAUUCUCAAACAGGCUCUGGCCAUGGGGAUGAUGACGGAGUACUAUCACUACAUUUUCACCACACUGGAUCUGUUUGCGCUGGAUGUGGAGCCUUACCGAUACAGUGGUGUGAACAUGACAGGCUUCAGGAUUCUCAACACCGAGAACAGCCAGGUUGCAUCUAUCAUUGAGAAAUGGUCCAUGGAGAGGCUGCAGGCCCCACCAAAGCCUGACUCUGGUCUACUGGAUGGCUUCAUGACUACGGACGCCGCUCUAAUGUACGAUGCUGUGCACGUGGUGGCCGUGGCUGUGCAGCAGUCUCAGCAGAUCACCGUCAGCUCAUUACAGUGUAAUCGACACAAACCCUGGCGCUUCGGGAACCGGUUCAUGGCCCUCAUCAAAGAGGCUCACUGGGACGGCCUGACAGGAAGAAUCUCCUUCAACAGGACAAACGGCCUGAGAACAGACUUUGACCUCGAUGUUAUCAGUCUGAAGGAGGAGGGACUGGAGAAGAUUGGAACCUGGGAUCCAGUGAGUGGCCUCAACAUGACGGACAACCAGAAGGAGAAGAUGACCAACGUCUCCGACUCUCUGUCCAAUCGAUCUCUGAUCGUCUCCACGCUACUGGAAGAGCCAUACGUGAUGUUCAAGAAGUCUGACACCCCACUGUACGGGAAUGAUCGCUUUGAAGGCUACUGCAUAGACCUGCUGAGAGAGCUGGCCAACAUCCUGGGCUUCACCUACAAGGUCUGCCUGGUGGAGGACGGAAAAUAUGGAGCACAGGAUGAGAACACUGGACAGUGGAACGGCAUGGUCAAGGAGCUGAUGGACCACAGAGCUGACCUGGCUGUGGCUCCCCUCGCCAUCACGUAUGUUCGUGAGAAGGUUAUUGACUUCUCCAAGCCCUUCAUGACGCUGGGUAUAAGUAUACUGUACCGCAAGCCCAACGGGACCAACCCUGGGGUCUUCUCCUUCCUCAACCCCCUGUCGCCUGAUAUCUGGAUGUAUAUUCUGCUGGCUUACUUGGGUGUCAGUUGUGUGCUAUUUGUCAUAGCCAGGUUUAGUCCGUAUGAGUGGUAUAACCCCCAUCCUUGCAACCCAGACUUGGAUCUAGUGGAAAACAAUUUCACCCUGCUUAAUAGUUUCUGGUUCGGAGUUGGAGCUCUCAUGCAGCAAGGAUCUGAGCUCAUGCCUAAAGCUCUCUCCACCAGAAUUGUGGGAGGAAUCUGGUGGUUUUUCACUCUUAUCAUCAUCUCCUCAUACACGGCUAACUUGGCUGCCUUCCUCACUGUGGAGAGGAUGGAGUCACCCAUCGACUCUGCUGAUGAUCUGGCCAAGCAGACCAGAAUAGAAUAUGGAGUGGUAGAAGAUGGCUCCACUAUGACUUUCUUUAAGAAAACAAAGAUAUCUACCUACGAUAAGAUGUGGGAGUUCAUGAGCAGUCGGAGGCACUCAGUGAUGGUAAAGAACAUUGAUGAAGGCAUUCACCGUGUGCUCACCUCAGACUACGCGUUCCUCAUGGAGUCCACCACCAUUGAGUUUGUAACACAGCGUAACUGCAACCUUACACAGAUCGGAGGCCUUAUUGACUCUAAAGCCUACGGUGUUGGAACACCAAUGGGCUCUCCAUACAGAGACAAGAUCACUAUUGCCAUCCUGCAAUUGCAAGAAGAAGGGAAGCUUCACAUGAUGAAGGAAAAGUGGUGGAGAGGAAAUGGCUGUCCAGAGGAGGAGAGUAAAGAGGCCAGUGCCCUCGGCGUGCAGAAUAUCGGGGGGAUCUUCAUCGUUCUGGCAGCUGGACUUGUUCUGUCAGUUUUUGUGGCAGUGGGAGAGUUCCUAUACAAGUCCAAACAGAAUGCACAACUAGAAAAGGCCCAAUGGCGACAACGAGAUAAGAAACAGGUCCUUCUGCAGCACCAUGGUAAACGAACUGAGGGUUUCCCUCAAGUGCCAGCGGCGGCUCAAACACAAACCCCAGCCACCUGUCAUGGUGAAAACAGAGGAAGUCAUCAACAUGCAUACCUUCAACGACCGAAGACUGCCCGGGAAAGAGACCAUGGCUUAAAGCGGGAGCCUCCAUCACUUUCUCACCUCCUUUCAUGUACAGAAGGGGUGUGCAAAGACACUAGGGGACAGGGUGUGGGUAAAUGGUAGAUGGGGUAAUAAGUUGUAGGUGUUGGCAGUUGUAGAGUUGGAUUGCUUUGCAGUACAGCUGAAAUGUCAUUCCUCUGUCUUUAAAAUUAGCUGGUGAUAUGAGAGUCAACCAUAUUUCCUGUGGAAAUACCUUGAAUCUGGAAGAAAUUUCAGCAAGUUACCUCAUUAUUUUACAACCCUGGCAGCCAACUACAGGUGCCAAGGUUUUCAAAACUUCAAACUUGAAGAGAUGCAGUCUUGAAAUCAAUUUAAAGUGGAGAAAAAAAUAUGUUGGCUUUUAAAAAAUGUGAAAAGGAAUCCUUAUGAUCCUAUAAUCAGGCUGCUCACUUGCCACCCAGAGGGUGAUCAAGUCUCUCAGAGGCAGAGAACAGAGGUGAUACAUGGGUGAACAUAGAGAAAGAGUUCUGCAACGUUUGUGAACGGAACAACCAAAUGUGCGUCUGGCUAAUUCAUAAGAUGAUGGUAAGCAGUGCUCCCAGUUACACAGAUAGGAAUUGCUGAGUGAAAUGUGACAUGUAAUGGACACACUGCAUAUCAUCCAUCAGGCAAUAAGUAGUUUUAUUUGUGUUUCAGAGUACUUACACUUUUUGUCUUAAUUAAAGAUCGGCUGGUUUUAGAAGCUAUAUGGUACUUUUAAAACAGGGAAUGCAAAAGUAGGGGCAAUAUGUAGUGGGUAUAAGUAGAAUAAAGUAUGCAGAGUUUUUGGAAGUCCACUCAUUUUCGAUGCUUUCACACAGGUAAUGGCAGUCAUCGUGGUUGACUGUCACAGCAGUUUUCUCUCUCAGAAGCAUCCCCUACAGGCUGCUGCAAACAGUUCAGUCUCAUCUCAGUGAUGAACAGAGGAAACACACCACUGCCUUCAUAGAGUAGACCACUACAGCAUCCAGUCUGGUGUCUGAAGAAAGAAAGCUGUUCCUGUCAAAGCCCUCCUUGGGUAGUCAUACUGACUCUACUUUAGGUUGUUGCAAUGGUUACACAGAGCCCAGCUACAGCACAGAACCAAGUGCAACCUUCAGACCGGCAUCCUGUAGCGGUCUGAAAACACUGUGCAUGUCAGGCAGAACAAACCUGGUAAUGAUCGGGCACAGCUCACAAACUCACAUGGACUAUUUAUUCAAAGUAUUUAUUGCUUUAUUUAUGGGGCGUUCUAAUUGUUUGGACUGAAUUCUCACCAUUGCAGCUCUGCGUGGGCAUACAUACUUGAUUUGUUUGUUUGAGGAGUGUCAAGUCUGCUUUAGUUUUAUACUUCUAAGGCUUUUUUCUUUAGCAGUAAAGUGUCACAUUUACUUGUGCAAAUGUGAUUUCUAAAUGAAGUGUUUUUGUACAAAGUGAAUUAAACUUUUAUAAUAAUUUUUAAUCCUCACAAAACACAAUAUCAAUGGCUGGAAAGGGCACUACUCCAAACCGUUCUGAACAUCCUGCAAAUGCACAUCAGUCAAUUCUCUGUUCUCCAACAGAAACGGAAACUAUUUUUAUCACAUAAAGAAAUAAUAACUAAAGAAAGAUAUUUUUACUUUAGAGGGAUGAAAACUAAUGAUGACUCUGGUUAGAGCUCACAUAUAGUGUACAGACACAAAGGUGCAACACUGACUACUGAUACUGCAAGAACCCAGUGCUGUGCAAAUGUUCCAAAGGAAAGGAUACAUUUAAAAAAACAUGAAGGUCAGUUAUUUCAUUUCUAACUUUUUUAAAAUAAAAUGCAGCCACAGUUUACCAUUUACAAUUGAUGCACAAAUUUAAAUAAACUGAAAUAAAACAA